AACGAAGCGCCGACCGGUUUAGUCGUUCAGCAGUCUCCGUGCAGUGAGCAUGUUUGUGCGCCAGACAUCGUCGUUGGUCGGUUGUCGUCAUCGCUACUAUAUAGCCGUCGUAUCGCGAACAUCGACCGUCUUAGCUCGAUAGCCGUCGGAUUUGCCUUUUCGGAUGCGAGAGACUCUUAAAUCCCUCACCACAGAUCCACAUCCCUGCGAGGAAAACGCGUGUGCGCACACGGAUCACACAGCCGUGAUAAUCCCGCUAAAUUCGCCGAAAACCCAGUGCUUUGUGUCCCGGUCUCAUAUUGAGUAAUUCAAGCAAACUUCACGGAAUAAGUAACCCUACAAGUGCCUUACACAAAUAUCCCUGCUCAAUGCCGGAAACUUCUUGAGUACGGCCCAAAACGAAAAGGCGCCCGCUCUCAAGAUUCCCAGCCCACAAAUAUCUCGAGUGUGCUUCGCCGAGUGUCCUGUCAGCCAAAUAUAUGGUAAUGGCAGAGAUUGGUGGCCAUUUGGCUCACCAGCUACCGUUGCACAAUCACAACCACAAUCAAACUGGAUUACAGCCAUCGCUGGUGAUGAACCAUCACCUGGAUUUGGAUUGCCAUGGACACGAUGUGAUAAAAAAACAACGCCUAUCUCACUGCGUCGGCUGCGGCGGCCAGAUCCACGACCAGUACAUCUUGCGCGUUGCCCCCGAUCUGGAGUGGCAUGCGGCGUGUCUGAAGUGCCAGGAGUGCAGGCAGUUCCUGGACGAAAGCUGUACGUGUUUUGUGCGCGAUGGCAAGACCUACUGCAAGCGUGAUUAUGUUAGGUUAUUUGGUACAAAAUGUGAUAAAUGCGGCAACUCCUUCAGCAAAAAUGAUUUUGUGAUGCGGGCCAAAACGAAAAUCUUUCACAUCGAGUGCUUUCGAUGCUCCGCGUGUGCGCGACAAUUGCUGCCAGGCGAUGAAUUCGCGUUACGCGAUGCCGGGGCUUUGUACUGCAAGGAGGAUCACGAUGUGCUGGAGAAAUCGUCGCAGAGCAGCCUCACUUCUUCGUCGGUAGAGAGCAACAACAAUAUUAGCAGUAGUAACAACAACAACACCAACCUUAGCAAUAACAACCAUUCCAGCGAAUUGGGUUCAAUGUCAGAUUCUGGCAGCGAAUCGGGCUCACACAAAAGUAUUAGGGACAAGCGACCCUCGGGGCCAUCGGAUGGCAAGCCCACGCGGGUUCGGACCGUGCUCAAUGAGAAACAGCUGCAUACGCUCAGAACCUGCUACAAUGCUAAUCCGCGACCUGAUGCGCUCAUGAAGGAGCAGCUGGUGGAGAUGACGAGUCUGUCGCCGCGAGUCAUCCGAGUGUGGUUCCAGAACAAGCGCUGCAAGGACAAGAAAAAGACCAUCCAGAUGAAGCUGCAAAUGCAGCAGGAGAAGGAGGGUCGCAAGCUGGGCUACGGCGCCAUGCAGGGCAUCCCCAUGAUCGCCAGCUCCCCGGUGCGGCAUGACUCCCCACUGAAUCUUCAGGGCCUGGAUGUGCAGACAUAUCAACCGCCGUGGAAAGCCUUAAGCGACUUCGCCCUUCACGCCGAUCUCGACAGCAAUGGAGCGAUCAAUACCCACACGCCCGCAUUUCAGCAGUUGGUCAAUCAGAUGCACGGCUACGACCUGAAUGGGAUGCCCAUCCUGCCGCCGCAUCCGCACUCGCAUCCGGCGCAAGGACCUCCCCACCAGCACCCCCCGCCCCCCGGCGGACCGCACAACCACCAGAACCAGCAGCCGAACCAGCAGCCCGGAGGCAGCAGUUUGGACUCCGGAAUCACCUCACACCACCAUCCGGACAGCACCGACUCCUACGUCACCUACCUGGAGAGCGAUGACAAAUCCAAGCUGGCGCUGACCCCGUCGUCCUCUUCCUCGGCCUCGGCGGGCACAUCGAUCUCCUCGCCGCCAUCGGGCGUCGGAGCAGGGGGUGGCGGUGCCGUGGGCGGUGGUUCAGGUGUCCUGGGCUUGGGCGUGGUGGCCAAUCAGUCGGCCACCGAGCAGCUCAUGCAAAUGCUCCAGAAGGUAACGGGCUCGGCUUCCCCGGCCUCACAUGCGGUUCUCUAAAAACAAAGGGCGCGCAGAGGGCGUGGCAGGAAGCUGGAACGUGAGGAGCUGCAGUCGAACUUCAUGAACUCGAAAAGUUGUCUUGCAAAAAAUUCACACCCGUGCUGAAAUUCUGAUCUUCAAUUGAAAACUUCGUUUAAUCCCUAAAUCAUUUGUAGUUCAUUCAAUAGUUUGAUCAUUUUUGUCAAAAAGUCUACUUGAAAACGUUUCGCCAAUAGUUUUAUCCAGUAAGUGGAGUUCGACUGUAUUCGGGGUUGUGCAAUUCUUUCUGUCCGCAUUUUCAUAUUCUACUCAUGUGUAUUCUGUACAUUUAAUUUUAUUCUGUUUGAUUCGGUGCCAAAAAAUAGUCUGUAGGCCGUUGGCAUUUUGUGGAUAAUCUGGCUCUGGUUCGUUAUGUAACAUACACUUUUGUUGUUGAGUUCGAAAAAAAAAUGAUCAUGGAAAAAUUAAUGUAAGCUAAACAAAAAUGCU